AUGUCUGGGAUUGAAAUCAUCGGGGUGGUCGCCAGCAUCGUGCAGAUAGCCGACUUGGGGGGCCGUCUGUCCGUCAAGCUGUGUACCUUCUGUCAUAAAUUCAAGAAUGCCAAUAAAGCACUACGAUAUCUGUCCAAAGAUGUUGCACUCACCUGCAAUGUACUGCGUCAACUGGGCGAAAGCUUGGGACAGGAUGACCUGGCUAGCUUAUAUUCCCCUGAUGCUUUUGAAACAGCCCAGGAUGUCUUGAAAGAAUGCGAGCAGGUCUUUCAGGAUCUUGAGAGUGCGAUCGAGCAGCACUAUCCAGAUCCAAACUCCCAAUCUCGCAUUGAUAAAAUGGCUCGCAAGUUGAAGUUUCUGAUAAACGAGUCCCAACUUGAGACUGUGGCUGGGAAUUUGGAGCGGUUGAAGUCAACCAUGCUUCUGAUGCUGAAUGUGGUGAUAUAUGCUGGGCAAAUAAGAAGUCGACGAGAGACACAUGAGCUCCAGGAGCAGCGCAAUCUUCUCCUCAUUCUGACUAGUGAAAAGAUCGAGAGCGAGAGAAACUAUGAGAGGCUCACUAGAACCCUCCAAUUCACUAGCCUCACCGAGACAACUAGCAAUAUGGAGAAUCCGAUUGGCGUAGACCAACCAGAUGAGACCAAAGACGAGCUCUACCAUUAUUGUCAAAUGGUCAAGUCCGUUCUAGAUGGUAUCAACGCCGUGCAAAGUCUUCUGGACCGCGAUCGGUAUCGCAGGGUCAAAAAUGGAUUCGUUUCAUUGCACAGAUCAGAGGCAUUGAUGUUCCGACACUCUCACGGUCAGAGCGCUCUUGAUAUCUUCCGUACCCAGAUACCUGACAGCUUCCGAAUCGAAGCAUCCAGCACUCCGGCCCAGGCGACAACGCAGAUGAAUCAGAAUCAGCAACCCUCCAUCCCCCUGAGCCCGAUACUUAAUCAGGCAAAUGCGAUCAGUCCAUCCUCAAUGCCGCCCGAAAUAGCCGAGUUAAGCCUUGAGCAGAUACGGGAACGAGUUAUGCAGGUGGCUAGGGAAUUUCAAAGUUCUCGACAGGCCCAACAAGCGUCGGGUCAGCAUGACUUAUCGCAUCAGCAGAGUCAAAUCCAAACUUUGCGAAUUCUACAAGCGCGAGCGAUGCAUUUGCAACGAGAGCAAAUGCAGAGUCUAAUGCAGAGCCGGCCGGCGUCGCAGGCACCACCCAUGCCAAAUAUGCAGAUGAGUGGAAUGCCGAUGCAACAACAGCCGAUGCAGAAUAAGUCAGCACCAGCUAUGGCACAUAUCGCACAGAUGCAAGCCCAGAUACAACAACGGCAGAUGCAAGCCCAGGCGACGCAGAAUAAAUCAGCGCCACCCCUGCCACAGAUACCACAAAUGCAAUCGCAAAUGCAACAACAGCAAAUGCAGAGUCAAAUGCAAAGUCGGCUGGGGAUGCAGGCAUCAGCCACGCAGCAGAUGCAGCAGACUUCGGCUAAUCUCAACAACAUCAAUCAGCUAUCCAAUCAGCCACGUGGAUUAUACAGGCGAGUGCCACCGGAUUCGUUCAAUACCGGUCAACCAGACCCUCCGCCACAAUAUACACCUCCAAUGCGGUCUCAGUCUCAAGUACCCGCGUAUAAUAUGGCUCCGCAAGCACAGGCAUCUCCGCCAAAGCCGCCAUUCCCACUGGCCCAAUCCACUGAAAGUAAUAUUAGACAGUCUUCCACUGGCCUCGGCGUUCCUGUUGCGCGUACUAGCGAUUUCUACGUAAGCUACGGGUCGGAUGAACCGGAUCAUUUGGAAAACUUUGACUUCGACUCAUUCUUGAAUAAAGAGAAUGACCACACAGAGCAAUCAAAGUCGGACCAAGUCAGCAGUGAACCAGCUCCAUCACGGCAUGAGAAGAAGGAUGUUCAACCUGAUCAAUCCACCCCUCUUGAAAUCCCGAAGAAGAAUAACAGGAAGCGGAAAGUGAAUGCCACUUUUUCUGCGGAUGAUAACGUGAAGCCUCAAACGAACCCUGAUACUACGCGGGAAGAGGGAAAAUCGAAGAGGAUACAGUUGGAUCCAAGCAGUUCUGGGGAUGAAUCAUCCUCUACAGUCUUAUUGCCGCCUACCGUGAGUGCUGGGACCGAGGCACAGAAUCAACCAUCAGCAGCCAUGAACGAUCAGUCUUCAGCCUCGAAUGAUGCGUCGAUUGAAACUCUGGAUGCAUGGAUUCUGCGGUGGACAAAAUUGGAACAGACAGAGCUGAAGUGA